UAAACUAACAGGUGCCCUGAGGUAAACUAACAUGGCGCCACCUGGGAAAGGCUACGAGAGAGAGCAGCGACCCAGCGUGUACAGAGAAACUGCUAACGACCUAACUCACGUGUACAACGGACACACCCGCCACAACUCACAACUCAACGGCCACCACGCCCAGCAGACCCAGGGGGCCAAGCCAAACGGCCGGCCCAGCUCUGGCCACAACCAGAUGGCCCCGCACCAGUCUCGCCACACGCGGGUGGCCAGCGAUCAAAUCUACCCGGCCAAACCCCCGUCACGUCACAGCCCUCAACCGCCCAACAACGUGGAGAUCUACAGCCACAAAGAGCAGCAGAACUUAAAAGCCAUAGAAAAAUACCAUCUGAAGGAGAAGAACAUUGUCCGCGAAGGCAAGCACGCAGCCGCGGUGGAUCAGCUGUAUGAGAACGACCUCCACAACGUCCGCGUGAUUCCCGCACAGAAAACGUCAAACAAAGAUGACCCGCAUGUGACCUACUUACCUAACGGGAUGGUGUCCGAACCCCAGACAACAUCUGACCAUAAAUACAUUCAGCGUUACCUGAGUCUUAACGUCCACCAGCAUAACGGGGUGCCAGCUUCACAGGAGAUCCAGCGCCUAGAGCACAGACAUCCAGAACACAGACAUCAGGAAAACAGACAGGAAAACAGACAUCAGGAAAACAGACAUCAGGAAAACAGACAUCAGGAAAACAGACAUCCAGAAAGCAGACAUCCAACCAACCCUGAACAAGGCUCGGAUCUGAGGACGUCCUUUGACCCCCUGAAAGACAGACACAUGUGGACGAUGUGGCGGACGGCGGUCAACGGUCGCAUCGUCGACGAGGUCCGGAAACUGGAGCGCAUCAAGUCCGAGAAAGGGUCGGAGGCGUCGUUUCAGCUGGACGCCAACUCGCCGGGCGUUUACGGGCGCGCGAUCGUCGCCCCUCCUUUGAGGAGGUUCAUCAAACUGGACCAAGAGAACCCGCCCGUGGUCAACACGAUGGCCAACUACGGCCAAGGGAACCUGCAUCAGGACCAGUUCAUAUACUACGGCUUGCCUCGAGUUCAAGUAACAUACCCCAAGCCUCAUCCAAAAUAACGCGACGUUUAUUGCUCCAUUCCAAUCGUCUGCUCAAUAACGGAACACACUUCAGAAGAAAUCAGAUCUCUGAAAUCUGCCAAACAUGAAACUAAUUAUUAUUUUUCUAUUUGUGAGUUCUAAUUGAUUUGUGCCAAUACACAGCAACGGUUAUAAAUAAGACUUUGUUUAUACUGAUUGUAACAACAUUGGUAAUUUGUGGUUUCACCAAACUGUCACGGAGUUUCUCAAGUGGUGCUAACUAUACUAUUCUCAGCAUUUACACACAAAGACAACAAUUUAGACAAAAGAGUUAAAUCAUGAAAAAAAAAAUACAACUUCCGUGUUUCAAGUGAAGACUGGAGAUGUUAAACGAUUGGUUGACCCAGUUAUGGUUUAGACAUCCUCACCUGGUAUCCUAACAAACACUUCCUGCGGGAAGUAAAUCAUCAAGAGACAAAUGAAGACACAUAUCUGCCAGGACUAUAUGUGGAGUUGGAUGUUUAUGAAUGGUAUCCAUGACAACCGACAACCGUGUAAGAACGCACGUGAAAGUGAGGUCUAGUAGUUCCAGGGAGACAGGAUGGCGCAGUGGUUGAUGUAUGAAUACGUCUGGAUUCCCUUGUCAUGCACGAACGAGUCUGAUGCACUCUAUGUUUACAUUGUUUUUGUACUUUGUAAAACUUUUUGAAACAAAACAAGCUAUAAUGAGAAAGAGGAUAUAGAUCUACAAGCGAUUCAUAUUGUGUAUAAGAAUUGUUUUACUGAUGUUAGUUGAGUUAAAAAUGUAAACAGAACUUCGCGCGUUUGUUCAAUGGUAAAACGAUUAUGGAUUUAAUUUACUACCUCGAUUUUGUAUAAGUAUAAGCUGUUUGGUUGAGGUGUGUGGUCCUGUGAUAGAGCUAUUGAUACCUAAUCUUAAUACCUAGAGUUCGUUUCCAAGCUUAUCUGAACGUGCUCGACUGAAGUCGGGGAAAGUAAUAUCAACUGAUUGUAAUGGAGAUCACAAUAUCCAUUCUAAGGUCCGAGUCAUAGUAACAUAUGAAAUCUAUUUCAUCUACAAUACGGGCCGCUAUUUCUAAUUGUGUACAUUACUACACAUCUGUACGCAUGUUUUCUGAAGCUAACAGAUCAAAUUUAGUUGUACACAACUUCAACUAUGCGCAGGUAUACCUGUAUAUAUUACAAUUAUAAAGAGUGCUUAUUUCAAGAUGUUACUUAUUUAUUUUAAAACAAACUGCAGUUAUAUUUAUUAAUACAUAUUAUAUUUAUUCAUCUAUAUCAACAAAAUACUGUUACGAGCUGACGUUGAAAUAAAAUUGUGUAUUA